AUGGACGUGGGCAGCAACGUGUGGGUUAAGACCAAGGACGCCGCUGUCUGGACGGCAGGCGAGGUGGUCGACUAUCAGGACGCAAGCGGCAUCGUGCAAGUUCGGCGCCUCGAUACGGGCGACAUCAUGUUGCGUCGGUACCCAGGCUUCGACGACGAGUUGUGUCAACGCAACAUGUCGGCGAACUUCCCGGCCAUGUCGAGUCUCACGAGUCUCGAACAUCUGCACGAGGCGGCGCUGCUGCAGGCACUGAGCGAGCGCUUCGAGCACAACGAGAUCUACACGUCCAUCGGAGACAUCCUCGUGGCGCUCAACCCGCUCAAACCGUUGCCGAAACUCUACUCCGAGACGCAAUUGAACGCAUACAAAAAGACCAUGACAGACACCAGUCCUGUCUCAAUGAGAGAAGAGUUGCCUCCUCACGUGUUUGCCAUCGGUGGCAAAGCGUUCGGCGGACUCUUGAAGUCCGAGCGACGCAAUCAGAGCAUCCUGGUCAGCGGAGAGAGCGGCAGUGGCAAAACCGAGAGCACCAAGUUCCUCAUGCAAUUUCUGACCAGUGUGGGGCGUGAUCAGUCGUGUACAGAGCAGGAAGGGAGCGACGCCGUGGAAAUUGGCAAGAGGAUCCUGCAAACGAACCCCAUUCUGGAAUCUUUUGGCAACGCUCAAACCAUCAGGAACGACAACUCGAGUCGGUUCGGCAAAUUCAUCAAAAUUCAGUUUGGACACAAGAACGAGAUUGUCGGGGCGCAGAUCGUGAGUUAUUUACUGGAGAAGGUGCGGCUACUGCACCAGAGCCCGGAGGAACGCAGCUUCCACAUUUUUUAUGAGUUGCUCGAAGGAGCAGACAAGGAGCUGCUGGACGUCUUGGGCCUCCAGAAAGGAGGCAAAUACGAGCUGCUCAAUUCGUACGGACCCAGUUUUGCUCGGAAACGAGCAGUGGCGGACAAGUACGCGCAGCUGUAUGUGGAGACGGUGCGUGCGUUCGAAGAUACGGGUGUAGGCGAGCUGGAGCGACUGGACAUUUUCAAGAUCUUGGCAGCUUUGUUGCAUCUAGGAAACGUCAACUUUACAGCUGAAAACGGACAGGAAGAUGUUACGACUGUCACCGCAGCGUCGAGGGUUCACUUGGCAAAAUGUGCAGAGCUCAUGGGGUUUGAUGUGGACAAACUGGAGACGCUUUUGAGUAGUCGAGAGAUCAAGGCUGGCGUGGAAGUUAUGGUGCUUCAACAUACCCCAGAGCAGGCCAAGGAGAUCUGCGGAUCGCUAACCAAGGCCAUCUACGGUCGGCUGUUCACGUGGCUCGUUCGUCGUCUGAGUGACGAGAUCAAUUACUUUGAUUCCGCCGUAUCCAUCUCGGACGAAGACGAGGAGCUGGCGACUAUCGGAAUUCUGGAUAUCUUCGGUUUCGAGAGCUUGAAUCGCAAUGGAUUCGAGCAACUCUGCAUCAAUUAUGCCAAUGAAAAGCUCCAGGCGCAGUUCAACGAGUUCGUUUUCGUGCAGGAGCAACAGAUAUAUAUGGCAGAAGGCAUCGACUGGACGAACAUCUCGUACCCGAGCAACGCUGCGUGCCUGGCUCUCUUCGAUGACAAAAGCAACGGCUUGUUCUCGUUACUGGACCAGGAGUGUCUGAUGCCGAAAGGCUCAAACCAAGCGCUGAGCACCAAGUUCUAUCGUUAUCACGGAAGACAAGGCUCGACAGGAGUGCUUCAACCACAGAGCUCUCGGACGUUCAUGUCUAACUUCAGUCGGUACUUACAUCGCGCUGAAUCGCAGGAGGAAUCAGUGCACCAAGACACCAAGAAACACCCCUUCUCAGCGUCCAAGAUGGAGCGGGUAAAUCACCAGUUCGUGGUCCACCACUUCGCUGGUCGCGUGUGCUAUAAUGUGGAGCAAUUCGUCGAGAAAAACACCGACGCUCUACCUGCUGACGCCAGCGACAUUUUGUCUUCUUCCAGUAACGAGGUGGUGGUGGCGAUCGGGGCUGAUGAGAACGUAGACUCUCCAGGUGUUGACAACGGAGCAGCAGGGCGGAGACGCUACUCGAUGCUACGUGCUCCGAGUGUGUCAGCGCAGUUCAAGAGUCAACUGGACCGUCUUAUUGUGCAGAUCGGACGCACAGAAGCUCACUAUGUUCGGUGUCUCAAGCCCAACGAGGUCAAAAAGCCAGGGAUUUUCGAUCGCGAGAGGAUGGUAGAGCAAAUGCGCUCUGUCGGUGUGUUGGAGGCGGUUCGCAUUGCCCGUCAUGGCUACUCUGUGCGUCUGGCUCAUGCGAGUUUUAUCGAGCUGUUCUCAGGCUUUAAGUGCUUCUUAAGUACUCGAGAUCGAGCUGCGAAGAUGAAUGACCACGACUUGGCUCAAGCUCUCGUGACUGUCCUGAUGGACAGAGUGCUACUGGAAGAUGGAGUGGAGCGCGAGGAGAAGAACCCUGGCGCCCUGACCGUGGUAACCGAAGACGGCAGCGGCACAGCGUUCGAGAACGACAUUCGUCGUAAGGACGUGCAAGUGGGCAGGACCCUGGUGUUCUGCAAGUCGAGCACUUACAACCGCUUCUCGCGCUACCGUGUGGAGCUGCGACAUCAUUGCGCGACAGUAUUACAGAAGCAUUACCGUGGGUUUCGACGUCGAGUGUUGUAUCAAGAGCUGCGUGGCUUCGUGGUGCAUGUGCAGGCGAUUGCUCGCGGGUUUCUGGGAAGGAGACGAGUGGACAAGCUGCGUCAACUCCGCCGCGAGCACGCUGCCACUCACAUCCAGGCGUCCUGGAGACGGCUCAUGGUCCGACGCAAGUUUGCAGAGAUGCUGACGCACAAGCGUCAGCGUGAAGCUGCCACUACAAUUCAAUCCUGCUUCAGGAGGUUGGUAGCACAGAGAGUCCUUGCAGAGAUGCUGAGGGACAGACGCCAGAUUGCUGCUGCUACACGCAUUCAAGCGAGUGCUCGGCGUUGGCUUGCACAGCGACAGCUUGCUGAGCUACGUGAGCAGAAGUUCCGAGUCGUUGCUGCUAGUUGCCUGCAAAGAAAUUGUCGACGUUGGCUGGCACAGCUGGAACUUGCUCGAUGUCGGAAGCGACAGCUUCGGAUUACUGCGGCUGUGCGCAUUCAAGCGCAUUGUCGACGUUUGUUGGCUCAGAGACAACGCGAGAAGCUGCGACGCGAGAAGCUGGAGAUAUCUUGUGUGAUUCGAAUCCAAACGCGGUGCCGACGUUGGUUUGCUCAGAGGAAGCGAGUGCAGCUGAUACAGGAGAAGCGUGAGGUGGCUGCGGCUAUCAUCAUUCAAAGACGGAGCAGGCGAUGGCUCGAGCAGAACCAGGUUAAUUCAGCUAAGCUAAGGCGCUUUCGCUUGAACGUGGCGUUCUGCAAGCUCCGUCGUGCAUGUCUAGCGUCUCAGGCAGCAGCUGAAAUGGAGGCCGAGCCUUCCCCGAGUGAUGACUCGACGAAGAGCGGACCCAAGCGACGUGUUUCAAAGUCAUUAGGCUUGCCAGUGACUCUGUCCAGCUCGGAGCAGGAAGACAGCUCUACCAGUGAUGACUGGAUGGAGCCCCCACUCCGCAUUACCGCUCCGACUCACCGUCGCACCAACAGCAGACGCGCAAACAGUCGACGUAGCCGUACAAGCAGCAGCCACGUCGACGAUCGCAAUUCGCUUCUGGAGAACGAGAUCUUGCGCUUACAACAGAUACUGGUAGAGCAACAGAACGGUAGAUCUCGGCAGGAUCAGCAGCGCCGAUCGUCGGCUUUUUCUCGCCCGCCUCGGAGUGCCCCGCUGGACUUGAGUCAAUCCGCCCGUGUAACGCGCUCACGCUCCGGUCGUCGUCGGUAUUCAGAGGACGGUGCCUUAUCCGAAGACGAGGACGGAGAGAAUGACGACGAAGUAUCGCUGUUGCCACCACGUCGUGCGCGGAGUGUCAUGCCGGCACAGCAAGCUGAUCACGUGUCCAUGCUAUCGCAGAAGAUCGAAGAGCUGGACGCCAAGUGCAAGUUCCUGGAGCAACUCGUGGCCCGCAAGAAUUACGAAGACGCCGCAAGAGAAUCCUUCAUGUACGGCCGAGGGUCGUUCGGUGGCAGGGAGCGCUUUCCCUCUGCGGACGGAUCAUUGUACGGCGACACCCCACCGAGCGAAACUGGAUCGGAUGUGGACUCAAUCAUCUUGAAUAUCCAGAGUCAGAUGAACAUGUUGCGCCAGUCUAUCGCUGGGAAGGAGCAGGCCCUCCAGACGUCUCGCAAGUCGCACGCCUUGUCGUUCUCAUCCAGCACACGGCCGACACGCUCCUCGUCAGCUGCAUCGACCACGUCGUUUACGAACCUGCCCUUGGGUGAGGCCCCACCGAGUCUCCCGUCGCUUCCGUUGUCCGAGUCGCAGCUUUCAGCCGGUGGCUCAUCACAUGGCAACAGUCGGCGCAGUGGCGGUAGUUCGCUUGGACUUCCUCCAACGCCAACGUCUUCAGUAGCGUCGUCAUUCUACCAGGGCCCACCCCGUUCUUCUCCUGCGAAUUUUGGUGGCCGUGGAAUGCCUCGAAUCGUCAAGUGGGCUCGCUCCACCAACUGCUACGAGUGCGAGGAGCCGUUCAACUUGUUCGUGCGACGACACCAUUGCCGUAUGUGCGGUAACUCGUUCUGUCACGAGCACUCGAGUCGACGUGUGUCAGUCUUUGGCAUCGGCUUCGACGACGAGCCUGUCCGCGUCUGUGACAACUGCUUUGCCGAGUACUAUGCAGCGUCGCAGGAGCCGCAGUAUCACCCUCAGUACGGCUUCAGCUCCGGUACACUGUCCACGUCUUCGCGGCUUGGUGGCUUGUAGUGAACACGUGUGAUCUU